AGCCAACAAGGAAACAAUUGCCUAGCGUUUGUUGACUACGAGAUGUAGUGAAUCAGGGUAGGUACAGUAGAUGUUGAUAUGGGGUGUUUCCCACACCUUGGGUGUUAAGUCCAGAGAGCAGAAGUCUGAUUGGGUGUGAAGGGGAGGGGUUCGAGCAGCAACAGAGUUAGGGGAGGAUGAGAUGUGAUGUGAGGGGAGCGUUUAGCUCAGUUCAGCUCUGUCAUUCUCUUCAGACAACCGGGGGGGGAAGUGAGAUGAAGGAGCACUGAAACUCCAGACACUCACAGAGGAGAGACGGAGAGACAGAGACAGCUUUCAACACGUAGAGAACUCUGGAAGACUUGUGACACCAACACUGAGACCGACGGGUCACUUACUGACUCAUCAUACUGUUGGCUGGGUCAUUUUUCCUUUCUAUUCAGUGAGGCAAAGAAGAUUCUUCCACAGCCAAGGAGUGAUGUCAACACUGGACCAGAAUGUCAGGACAGUGUGGGACUAAAUGGUUAAUGGAAGAGGAGUAAAGCUGAAUUGCUUGAUUGCAGAACUGAGCACUCACAGAAGACUGACUCUUCUUCACUUGUGUGACGUGUAGGUUUCAUCUCAGACAAGUCAUCUCCAGUGUAGUUUUUCUGUCGUCUCAGACAUAGUCAUCUCCAGUGUGGAUCAGGACCAUGAACGUUCUACCUAACCCCAUGACCAGGGCCCAGCAGGAGCAGCCUCUCCCUCUCUGCUCCCAGGGGGCCCACCUCCAGGACUUCUCCUCCAGGUGUCCUCUAGGGCUUGGUGCUGGUCAUGGGGGCAGGCUUAGGGCCAUGGGGGGGCCUCUGGGGCCCCAGAGACCAGGCAAGCCACCGCGGGAGCUGAGCCCCGAAGAGCAGCAGGAUCUAAGGAGGAAGAUCAACAGCCGGGAGAGGAAGAGGAUGCAGGACCUGAACGUCGCCAUGGACGCUCUGAGGGAGGUGAUGGUGCCUUACGCCUCCUCCUCUCCUUCCUCCUCGUCCUCCUCCCAGGGGCCACACUCCCAUCAGCAGCAGCCAGGGGCCCCACCUGGACGCAGGCUCUCCAAAAUCUCCACCUUGGUCCUGGCCCGUAACUACAUCCUCCUCCUGGGCUCGUCUCUGCAAGAGAUGCGCCGGCUCCUGGGGGAGGUGAGUGUUGGGGUGGGGGUUGGUGUGGGGGUGAACACAGGGCCUGUCCCCAGGCUGCUCCUGGCCGGGGGUUGGCCCCUCCUCACCGGCCCCAGUCAGCUUCUCCUCUCCCCAGAAUCUCUCCUGACCUCAGCCUCCUCCUCCUCAUCCUCCAAGUGUCUUCUGUUGCCUCCUGGCCACUUGGAGGGCCCCAUGGCCCCGGUGCAGUGGGGCUCAGCUGGGGCUCCUGGAGGGCCACUCUGCCCCUGUGUGGUGUGUAGGCUGCCCAGGUUCAACCACCCCAGCCCUGGACCCAGAUUCCCCAAGUGAAGGCUUGCUGGGAUCACCUCUCAUGUGUUCUUCUGAUCUGCUACAAUGACUGUUUCUUCUGAGCGGAUGGACUUCUGGUUUUGGUUUAUAAUCUUAUUUUUCUGAAGAUUUUGACAUGUUAUUUUUUUUAAGUUAGUAUGUUAUUUUUUUGUGACUAAUUCAAUGAUAACUUUGUUGUAAUGGACUUUGUCCAUUAGGUUUUUAUGAAUCUCUUGUGGACAGAUGAAUCUGUCAAGGCUCAUGUAUAAUUGUGUGAUACGAGCAGCAGCAGUUCCUAGGUUGGGGGUUUUGUUGUUAAUUAUUUGGACAAAGGAGGAUUAGGCGAAGGUGGUUUUUAAAUGGGUGUAGUGAUUUUCAAGCCCGUGUGCGGAUGAAAAAUAAUUUCCACAGCCACAAAGUCAUUAUUGGCUGUAUCGUAAAAAUGUAUGAAAACUAAAAUGCGCUUUUUGAGCAUGUUAAACACGGGUGAAAAUCGCAGAAGGGAGGGGUUUGGCCGAGAGUUUCCAUUUGAGAGGGAGGAGACAUCACUUCCUUCCCUUUAACAAAGGUCAUCACAAUUGUUAACAGCAUUUCCCCGAAGUAAAACAGGAAAUUACAAAACUUUCACAACAUACUUUUACUUCUUUGUAACCGAGAUUCGUUUUUUAUUAUUAUUGGUGACUGUGGUCAGUAAAAGUCAAUGUAGUUUAGAUUUUAUGAACAAAUUCUAUUUUAUAUGGUAAUAGAUGAAGCUACGUGUAAGUUCUAACACAGACAAUAAAUAGAAAUGUACUGUU